UGGAGUGUCGUAGUGUUCUCUUCGAUCAAACGAAAUAACAGCAAUGGAGGGGAGGUUAAAGUUAUUAAUGGUAGCUGCACUAACACUGCUGGUGGCCGUGACUUCCCAUGCCUUCCCUGCCACCCUCACUUUCAAGGACGACUUUAACCCCGCGAAGCCCGUGGUGUGGGUGGAGGGUAAUGGGUAUCGAAACGUGACGGUGGGAGUGCGCGAUGAUCUGUUGGAGGGCGACUGUGAGAUGCUCUUGGACAGCCUCAAGGCCGUGACACGGGAGGCAUCGCGGCUGCUUCACCAAGUCACGCACGGGACGUUGUACUUCGAAGAGGUGACCAUAUUGCUUCCCUCGACUUGGGCGUGCUCGAGUGUUCCACCCGGACCCUCCACACCCCUGACGUGGCGUGAAGGUCAUAUUAUAGUCGGCCCUACCCAUCCAGUUUUCAAGGACGCCUCAUGGACGCAGCAGCCUCGAGGAUGUGGCCAGGAGGGAGACUUCAUUUACCUUACCGAGCAGUGGCUUAAAAGUUACCAACAGCACGCUGAUGAGAGCAGCGGCAAGGAGCUAGUGGCGCAGUGGGCUCGCUACCGCUGGGGUGUGUUUGGAGAGGAGGGUUACUUGGGGGAUGCCGUGCACCCGCCCUCUUACCUCCACCUUAACGCUUCCUCCCUAUCCUGGAAUCCCACACUUUGCCACAACGGCGACCUACAGGGCGAUUUUAGUGGGAGCUGUGAGGCGGGAGACUCAGCCAACUGCAGCUUCUCCAUCAAUGCAGAGGCAAGCAGGAACGUGACGUCCUCCCUCAUGGCACUCCCAAACCUGCAGUCUGUAUUGGAGUUUUGUGAUGAGGACACUCACAAUGCAGCAGUGCCCACCAAGCACAAUUUGAUGUGUAGUGGCUCCAGUAUUUGGCAGGUCAUCAGUAGACACCCAGAUCUUUUUGGAAGAGAAGUGUGGGUUGGAGAUGUUGAGCCCACAUUCAGAGUGCAGAGGGCAGAGGCGAGCACCCAGCCAUCACAUGUCGAUAUGGUAUUAGUUCUGCAGUACACCUCAACCAUGGCCGAGACACUAAACCGCUGGAAGUUUUUGCGAGAUGCUGUCAGAAAAUUCUUACUAGUGGAGGCACCAAAAGGCACAAAAAUUGGAUUGGUAAUGUUGUCAGACUCUGCUGUUACUCUUGCAGGUCUGACCACUUUAACAGAUUUUGCUUCCAGGCUAAGUCUGGCAAACAAAGUUCCACAAAACCCAACCAAUACUAGUGCCACUAAAAACCUUGAAGCUGGUAUUACUGAAGCAGUUAAUAUACUGGAUGGCAAUGGGUUGGUGGUGCUUGUGGUAGAAAACCUUAGCAACCACACAAGUGAAACAUCAGAGAAUCUGGUGGCAGCUGCAGGAAACACUUCAGUAUGGGCUGUGCUGUACCCACACCUCCCCUCAGUUAGCGCCUCUCUGUAUCAAGAUCUGGUUGAUGCCACUAAUGGGUCACUCCUCACUGUGGUCAACCCAUAUGGCCCUAUGUACCAGAGUGUGGAUGACCUGGCGGCCCUGAACAAUCAGUUACGAACUAUUCUAAGUGCCUCACUGGAGCCCCAUUCAGUCUGGAUAAAGAAAGAUGAAGCACUUUGUCUGGCAAACUGCUUCUUGACUCUGGAAGUUGACAAUAAAAUUAGUUACCAAUCAGAAAUCAUUCUUGAGCUCUUUUUUUUGUCCUUUGAUGCUGCUGGGCUUAAAAACAUAGAAAUGAAGGCACCAGAUGGAACAGUCCUCACACCAUCAGCUGUGGAUAGUAAAUAUGAGACUAUCAGGCACCACUUCUAUACCCAAGCACAGGUGCAGCAGACUGGAAACUACACAGUGAUGAUAGAACGACUGACCUACGUGGAUGGUGUCAUGGUGUCGCUGCUGGUGAUGCCACGCCCACCUGUAGUUCCUGUUGUGUGGGCCUCUGAGCCUCUCCUGGAGCUACACCAGUCUAAUUCUUCAGUGCCCACUCUCUUUGUGCAGUUAUGGCAAGGCGAGCGCUACAUAGUCAAAGCAACAGUUACUGCCACCAUUUCCUUCUCUGGUGCCAAUGUCACUCUCUUGCUCAGAGAUGAUGGAACAAGAGGUGAUGUCACAGGUGGAGAUGGAAUAUACUCAGGAAUGAUUGUAGGUGUGGUUGGACAGGCUGAAGUGAACAUAUUAGCUCAUGACAAUGGAGGUGCAGCACUCCUGGUGGGCUCCUAUUCCUCACUUACCCUAGCAAUCUCUGAUAGAACUUUGAAAAGGAGUAGCCAGGUAUGCUGUGGAAGCCAGAUUGACUUGUCGCAGGUGGAAGCUGAGCCAGCUGGAUCCUUCUAUAUGUCUUUCUCGGUGGAAGCCACAUUCCUUGAUCAACCAGUUGCUAACCUUCCUCCAGGUCGUGUCACUGACCUGAACAUGCAGUACUCAGCUGAUGGCCUGAGUCUUCACUUCACAGCUUCAGGAGAAGAUUAUUAUAGUGGUGAAGCGGUGGCUUACGAAGUAACUCAUUGGACCUCAUUGAGCAGUAAGCCUGUGGUCGAGGUGUUCAGCGCCCCUCCAGCAACAGCAGAUUCUCAGAUUACUCUAGUGCUUUCACAAAAUGAGUGUGAUGUCCUAUAUGUGUUCACUGUCUGUGCUUUGGAUUCUUUUAAUACCAAGAGUGAAGUAUCCAAUGAAGCAAGAUUUGUGAUUCCUUGUGAUUAUACUACAAAUGAUACUCAAACAACAGCCUCAAGUGAAAGCCCCACAGAUGUCUCUACUACAUCUCACACCACCUCAGGGUCGGACUCUCCAAGAAAUGAAAGCUCCACAACUGUCUCUUACUCUUCACCUCAAACACCAACCUCAGAUUCAUCAACAAGAGAAACAUCUACACUUGUCUCUACUUCAUCCUCAGAAUUGGAUUCCUCGACAGCUGAAACUACAAUAUACGUCUCCACUUCUACACCUCAGAUAUCAACCUCAGUAUCAGCUUCCAUGACAUCUCAAACCACUACUACAACUCAGACAACAUCAACAUCUACAACAACAGAUAAGUCUUCCACAGUUUCCUCUACUCCUACACCUCAAACAAGCACUUCAGUACCAGAUACUUCAACAGCUAAAACAUCCACACCUGCCAUUUCCUCUACAACUUUGAGUACUACAAAGACACAUACCAUUCCAACUACUACUUCAACCUCCUCUACAACAGAAGCCUCCAGUUCAUCUUCGGACAACAAAAUUGCCAUCUUCCUAGGAAGCGUAUUUGGAGGUCUUCUGUUUCUUGCUUUGGCAGGCAUUGCUGCUGAAUAUAUCUAUAGAAGAGUGUCUUUAAAAAGUAGGAAAAGGUCAUAAGGUAACCAAAAAGAAUACACAAUUCUUAUACUGUACAGGUAAACAUGGCUGCUAUCUGCAUAAGAAAGCACAUUUUUCUUUUAGUCUCUUUUCCAAGAUACUGCUAAAAAUCUAAAAUGAAAAAGAAAAUAAUAAAAAAAUAAAUAAAUGAAUAAGUACAGUAACUGUACAUACAUGUAUUAGCAUGUAAUGAGACAAGCAUUUGAUCUCAAUAUCAAUACAUUAUCAACUACAAGAACUUAUGUUAAAGGCACUAUUGCGACCAAUAUAAUAUAGUUCAAAUAUAUUAAACAUUCCAGUAUGGCAAAUGACAUUCCUAAAGCCAUCUUCUAACCUGAACUAUGGCUGUCUACUGAUGAUCAAUUAUAGUACGUACUAUUAAGAAUACUAAAUAUGCAGAAAAACCAUGUAUGUUACCUUGAUAUAUUGCAAUACAUACCAAUAUAAUCAAAAUAGUGCAGAAACUUCACUGAAAGGUAUAAAUCACCAACAACAAUUAUUUUGUCAUUUUUAUUAAUGAAAUAAAAUACAUAAGGAAAUGCAAGGAGAUAAUUCAAGUUCUAUUUCCAAAACAAUGCAAGAUAUUUCAAAGAUAAUGCAAAUAAUUUUAAAGCUAAGAUAUUUGCAAUUAUAUUUCUUUAUAAUCCAAUAAUGAGAAAGGCUUCAUUAACCUCACUGUGAUGCUAACGUUAUGUAAUUAAUCUUCUCUCUCUCUCUCUCUCUCUCUGUCAAAAUUUUUGCUUACUUUUUUCUUCAUGAAAAACUUUCAUUUGUGGAAAUGAAAAUGUUAUGCACAUUACAUUGGUUGUAUGGUACAGCUUGUAGGGAUAAGCUUCCAAAGGGAGAAAAUAAGGACUAUAUUUGCUAUGACUUGUAGCCCACAUCUCAAAAUUAUGGAGGAGGAGGAGGAGGAGGAGGAGGAGGAGGAGGAGGAGGAGGAGGAGGAGGAGGAGGAGGAGGAGGAGGAGGAGGAGGAGGAAAAGGAAAAGGAAGAGGAGGAGGA